AGGGCGAAAAUAAAAAAAUCAGUUAGGAGGCCACAAACUACCAAACCGAUCGCACACGUCGCCGUGCACUUCGCUUCGUCGGCAUUGCGUUGCUCCGCCCCGCGCGGCGCCUGCUCACUCCCAUUUUCCAUUGACCUCGCCCCUCUCGUCCGUCUCCUCCCUCCCUGUCCCGGAGCUUCGAUUUUUCCCUUCGAGAGGAGCCACAUGAUUCACCGUCGGAAAGAGGCAAGGCAACGGAACCCGAGCCGCUCCGCUUGAGGUGAGGUGGGGUCCCCGUCUGGGUCGGGGGGGCAUUACCUUGCCGCCCCCGCGCGAAGGGAGAUUCCCGCCACCUAUAGUCGUCCUCUCGUGGGCCAUUUUCUGCCUUGGGGAGAGCAUAGACGCAGCGCCGCGGGAAAGCCGGGCGCCGCAUGGAUCGAGACAUCUGGUGUUCCCGUCUCAAGAGUCUUGGCGUAGCGGGGCGGAGGAGGAGGACGGGGUUCCGGAGCGCAGGGCCGCGGCGGCACGCCGGGAUUUCAGAGGCGCCGCGCUGUUGAGUGUUGACGUCUUCUCGAUCCUGGGAGGAGCUGAUUUCUCUGCUGAGGGCCUGGGGUGGCUCUCGGUUCAGUCCCUCUCCCUGUGCAGUUUAUUUGCUUUUUUUAGGUAGUUGGGGGCUACUUGUUGGUUGGGAGAGGAGCUGAAUUAUUGCGAGCUGCAUUCUUGGAGAUUCUUGCUGCUCGAAUCUCAGCUGCUCUUCUUCAGAGGGAAUUGCCAAUUGCGUUCUGCAGUAAGAUUGAUUUGGACAAGGUUGGAGCGAAUUGGCUGCUACGGCGGGGAGUUCCAAAAAAAACCCGUGAGGUUUUGGCCUUGUCGACUUCUUGGGGCAUCUGGGAGUAGCUUUGGUGCAGUGAUUCACUUGAGUCUGGAGGAAUGGCGCCGACGAAGAGGCUGGAGAAACUUAAGCUCAGCACAUUGUUGACUUUCAUGCGUUGUCACGGGGGCUCUAGUGAUGACCACUUACGGAUUGGGACAGUGGGGUUCUCCAGAGUCGUGUACGUCAAUGAGCCUGAUAGGCUUGAAGAGGAGGGAUUCAGUUACCUGCUGAAUGAGGUGUCGACGACAAAGUACAAUCUGGCCACCUUCCUGCCCAAGUCCCUCUUCGAGCAGUUCAGGAGGGUGGCCAAUUUCUACUUCCUUGUCUCUGGUAUCCUUGCCUUGACUCCACUUGCACCAUACACGGCAGUGAGCGCGCUUGCGCCGCUGUGUGUCGUGAUUGUAGCCACCAUGGCAAAAGAAGGGGUUGAGGACUGGCGGAGGAAACAACAGGAUCACGAGCUUAACAAUCGGAUAGUCAAAGUGCAUAGGGGGAAUGGUCAUUUUGAAGAGUCAAAAUGGAAGAAUAUCAAAGUUGGAGAUGUAAUAAAGGUGGAGAAGGAUAAUUUCUUCCCCGCUGAUAUGAUUCUGCUUUCAUCUAACUAUCCGGAUGGAAUCUGUUAUGUAGAGACCAUGAACCUCGAUGGUGAAACAAAUUUGAAAAUUAAACAAGCUCUCAAGGUGACAUUGGAUUUACAUGAGGACAUAAAGUUCAGGGAAGUCAGACAAACAAUAAAAUGCGAAGACCCAAAUGCGAACCUCUACUCCUUUGUCGGUUCAAUGGAAUGGAGAGGCCAGCAGUAUCCCCUGUCAUCCCUACAGCUUCUUCUUCGAGACUCAAAACUACGGAACACUGACUACAUAUAUGGGGCUGUCAUCUUCACAGGCCAUGAUACAAAAGUGAUGCAAAAUGCAACUGAUCCACCAUCUAAAAGAAGUAAGGUUGAGAAGAAAAUGGAUCAAAUUAUUUAUCUUCUAAUGUCUUCUCUACUCAUGAUUGCAUUACUUGGUUCUGUCUUCUUUGGGAUCUGGACCAAAGAGGACCUAAGAGAUGGUGAGCUCAAACGGUGGUAUCUUCGGCCAGAUGCUACUACCAUAUUCUAUGAUCCAAAGAGAGCAGCUCUGGCAUCUUUCUUUCAUUUGUUGACGUCCUUGAUGCUGUACAGCUACUUCAUACCCAUUUCUUUGUAUAUAUCCAUCGAGAUGGUCAAGAUCUUGCAAGCUCUAUUCAUCAACCAGGAUAUUCGAAUGUAUCAUGAAGAAUCAGAUAAGCCAACUCAUGCUCGUACUUCAAAUCUAAAUGAAGAACUGGGUAUGGUUGAUACAAUUCUAUCGGAUAAGACUGGAACAUUGACGUGCAACAUGAUGGAGUUCAUCAAGUGUUCAAUUGCUGGAACUGCCUAUGGUCAAGGCGUCACUGAAGUUGAGAGAGCUAUGGCUAUGAGGAAAGGUGCUAGGUUAGAUGAUGACAUUGAAAAUGGAGACCACAAAGACAAAAAAAAUGACAACAGUCCCCAUGUUAAAGGGUUCAAUUUCAAGGAUCAACGAAUAAUGGAUGGGAAAUGGGUUCAUGAGCCUAACAGAGUUAUGAUAAGAGAUUUUUUCCGGCUCCUAGCCAUCUGCCACACAUGCAUUGCUGAAAUAGAUGAAAAUGAGAAGGUUUCAUAUGAAGCUGAGUCCCCUGAUGAAGCUGCAUUUGUUAUUGCAGCAAGAGAACUAGGGUUUGAGUUUUACAAGAGGUCGCUAGCAACUAUAAUUGUUCGUGAACGGAAUCCAAGUCAGAAUGUUGUUGAGAAAAGAAAGUAUGAACUCCUAAAUAUGUUGGAGUUCAGUAGCUCAAGGAGUCGGAUGUCUGUGAUAGUGAAGGAACCAGAGGGAAGAAUAUUACUUCUCAGCAAGGGUGCAGACAGUGUGAUGUUCAAAAGGCUUGCACCAAUUGGAAGAAAAUUUGAAGAAGAAACAAGAAGUCACAUAAAUCAGUAUUCUGACUCUGGUCUAAGAACCUUUGUUCUGGCAUACCGUGUCUUAGAUGAGAAAGAGUACAAGGAAUUCAAUGAAAAAUUGAACGCUGCCAAAGCAUCUGUAAGUGCUGAUAAAGAUGAAAAAAUUGAGCAGGUUGCUGAUAGCAUUGAACGGGACUUGAUUCUUCUUGGUGCUACCGCAGUUGAAGAUAAACUUCAACAAGGGGUGCCUGAAUGCAUAGACAAGCUUGCACAAGCCGGAAUUAAGAUGUGGGUCCUGACAGGCGAUAAGCUGGAGACAGCUAUCAAUAUUGGGUUUGCUUGUAGCCUUCUUAGACAAGGCAUGACACAGAUAAUCGUCACACUGGAACAACCUGAUAUCAUCGCAUUGGAGAAAAAUGGUGACAAACCAAAAAUUGCUAAGGCAUCAAAGCAACGGGUUAUGGGUCAGAUAGAGGAUGGAAUCAAACAAAUUCCACCUUCAACUCAAAUUAGCACUGCAUCAUUCGCGCUAAUCAUUGAUGGUAAAUCACUAACUUAUGCUUUGGAAGAUGAUGUUAAGUUUAAGUUCUUGGAUCUUGCUCUCAAGUGUGCAUCAGUGAUAUGUUGCCGAUCUUCACCAAAACAGAAGGCACUGGUUACAAGACUUGUUAAAGAAGUAACACAUAAAGUGACUUUAGCAAUAGGUGAUGGGGCAAAUGAUGUUGGCAUGCUUCAAGAAGCUGACAUAGGGGUUGGCAUCAGUGGUGCUGAAGGAAUGCAGGCUGUCAUGGCUAGUGAUGUUGCUGUUGCCCAAUUCCGCUUCUUGGAACGGCUACUUCUGGUGCAUGGACAUUGGUGUUACCGGCGUAUUUCACUGAUGAUAUGCUAUUUCUUCUACAAGAAUGUUACUUUUGGUGUAACUAUCUUUCUGUACGAAGCAUUUGCAUCUUUCUCCGGGAAGCCAGCUUAUAAUGAUUGGUUCUUGUCACUAUAUAAUGUUUUCUUCACCUCCCUUCCUGUCAUUGCUCUGGGGGUAUUUGACCAGGAUGUGUCUGCUAGGCUGUGCAUACAGUAUCCACAGCUAUACCAAGAAGGAGUGCAAAAUAUAUUAUUCAGUUGGCGUCGGAUACUUGGCUGGAUGUUUAAUGGUGUUAUGAAUGCUGUCUUAAUCUUUUUCUUCUGCAUCACUGCCUUCGAGGACCAGGCAUUCCGUCGCGACGGUCAAGUUGCGGGCUUGGAUGCUCUUGGUGUCGUCAUGUACACUUGUAUUGUAUGGGUUGUUAACUGUCAAAUGGCGCUCUCUGUGAACUACUUCACCAUAAUCCAGCACAUAUUCAUAUGGGGCAGCAUUGCAGUAUGGUACCUCUUCCUCUUGGUUUAUGGUGCCAUAAACCCGAGGUUCUCAACUACAGCCUACAUGGUCUUCAUCGAACAGCUGGCCCCAGCCCUCUCAUUUUGGCUGGUGACACUUUUUGUUGUGGUGGCAACACUUGUCCCCUACUUUAGCUAUGCCGCCAUCCAGAUCCGCUUUUUCCCGAUGUUCCACAACAAGAUUCAGUGGAAACGGUACUUGGGGAAGGCUGAAGAUCCAGAGGUGGCAAGGCAGUUGUCAUCAAAACACCGCACAUCAUUGCAGCACAGGAUGGUUGGUAUCUCUGCUCGUCGUGACGGCAAGGCUGUGCAAAUAACAAAGGAGACAGAGCUACAAGUUCAGGAGUAGCAUUGUCAGUAGAUUUUGCGUUUUGUACAGCUUAUAGGAUCUUGUCUCCAGCAAGAUGACAGCUGAACUGAUUGGGACUUGAGAUGUUCCUGGAUUGCUGCUUCUGUGAUGCCUGUCAUGGGAGUUGUUCCAGUUCAGAUGAUAGAGCAAGACCACAGAUUGCUUAGAUAGGUCGCAAGGAGGCCAAGAGAAUACCUGCUGCAAAGUUCAAUUUUUAGCAGUUCAAGGAUUUUGUGGGUUUUUUCCCUGCUUCUCUUACACAUGUAAAUGCUUGUAACCAGAUUGGUAGAAUUUCUCCUUUUUACCCCCCUUGCCUGCCCUCGACUGUUUCAAACAAUAAUGGUAAGACUUCUGAUUUGUGUGACUUCAUGCUUUUAUUAUUUGGAAAGAAUCAUAAAUGGGUGUCUUACAAUCUAAA